AUGCUUAAUGGUGAUAUAUUGCAUAUGGAAGAUAACGAUCUCCGAGAAGCUUUCAUUCUAUUCGAUGUUAAUCGUGAUGGUCGAAUCACUGAAACUGAAUUAGAAUCUGUUCUUGGAUUUCUUGGUGUUAAAACAACACGAGAUGAAGUACGUCGAAUGAUUCAAGAUGCUGAUUGUGAUGGGAAUGGUACAGUUGAAUUUGACGAGUUCUUAAGAAUGAUGCGAAGGUAUUCUCAAAAUCAACGACCGAAAUCUUCUGAUGAUGAACUUCGUGAAGCUUUUAACGUAUUUGAUCAGAAUGGUGAUUCGGUCAUUGAUUUUAGUGAAAUUAAACAAACAAUGCAUUUUUUGGGUGAAGCAGUCACUGAUGAUGAAGUACGUCAAAUGAUUAAAGAAGCUGACUUAGAUAAAAAUGGAUCAAUUGAUUUUAGAGAAUUCAAAAUGAUGAUGAAAUCACUACGGUCACGUGAUGGUAAAAAGAAGAAAUCAAAAUAACCAUUUUUCUACGUUCUUUUUUUUCCACAUCUAAACUAAUUCCUUAUUGAUUCAAUGUAAAACUUCACCUAUUUUGUUUGUCUAUAAAAUGAUAUAAAACUUUCAAAAAUACUCAAUUAUAUACACAUAAAUAUAUGUAUAUAUACAAUAUAUAAUGAUAUAAUGGUUACAGUAACAUUUAAUUGACAACAACGGAUCCCAUACAUAUAUAUAUCUUGUCGUUAUCAGUAUAGUAAUUUAAGAAGAAUUACAUUUUCUCAAAGGUCUAUACACACAGUACCAUAUUUUUCACGUAUUUUUAUAUGUAUGUAUGUAUGUGUGUAUGUAUGUAUGAAUGAAUGAAUAGAUCAAUACUCUUAUUCUAUUGUAAAGACCUGGAGAAAUGUCUGCUUCCAUCACUCACUAAUACACAUACUCAUACACACACACACACACAAAAUAUUUCGACCAUAUGUCUGUAUGUUACUAUGGCAGCGUGCCUACAUUCUUUAGUCUUUAAUUAUUACUUUUCCCCUUCUUACUUUUGUGCACUGAAAGUAUCUGUUAUUUGAUUUAAUGAUUCUUUCAUCUUUUCUUUUGUUUUCUCUUUGAUUUUUCUUUAUUUCGCAAUUGUUUCUAUCUGUCUAUUUGUUUAUUUGAUAUGGACCAUAAUAACUGGUCACUUUUUACCUUGUUUACAAGUGAAUAUUUGUUGUGGGAUUUCAUUUCUCUCAUUAAAUAGAGAAGUUAUGUUUGUGUUUCAUUUUCUUUUGUAGUUCAUGAAUAAACAAGAAUUUAUUUCUAUUAUUCUAUCUCAACUUUAAGCAUACAGACCAAUUAGAAAAGACACAAGAGUGUUUCUUGUCAGUGUCAUCCUCAUCAUUAUCAACGUUAAAAUUCAUCUUCAAUCCAGCACUAUUCAGCGUGUAGAUUUGCUUUACUGUAUUACUGUGCUUCAAUUUUUCUAUACCCAUGUUUGUGUGCAUGUGUGUGUGUGUGCGUACGUGCGUUCGUGCGGAGGUGUAUACGUAUAUUUGUACGUUGAUUUUUAGUCGAGAUCUCUUCCUCAAAAAUAAUCUAUUCAACAUUGUUUGUUUUUCAAAUUAUUUUUCCUAUAUGGGGAUAAAUGUGGUUUUCAUUGAGACCUGUGAUUAUUAUCAUUAAUACUGUUACAUAAACCAAAUUUUCUUCUGGUUCAUUAUUUUCCCUCUCUCUCUCUCUCUUUCCUUUUUUGUAAUCAUAACAAGAAAAAAAAGAAAAGUGUUCAUCCAAUAGUUGCUAAUAUAUUCGUUCAUUUGUAUUACAUCCUCUUCAUUAUAUUAUAUCCAUCAUUGUUUAUUCUUAAGAUUCAAUCAUCCAAUUUUAAUAUUUCCUCUGUUUAUCUACCAGAAACAUAUACACACAUUAAUGAGAAAGUUUUCUUUACAAAAUUCUAUGAUGAUAGCAAUUGUUAUUAUCAUUAUAACUAUUGUUACUCAUUGACUACUAAUUAUCGUAUAUCAGUAGUAGUAUUACUAGUGGUAGUAAUAAUAAUAAUAAUAGUACUAGUAACAGUAGUAAUUAAUUAUUACUAAAAAAACGAUUAAACAACAUUCCAGGAAAAAAUUUUUUUGUAAUUUCAACCUUAGAUUUUCACCAUAGAAAUUAGGGAAGUAAACUAGUUCUUCUUUCUUUUUUUAUUGUUGCAUGUUCAUCCUAUGUGCAUGUUUACUUAGAUCUAUAUGAAUAUGUUACUGUUCAUCGAUAUUUGAAAUUCUGUUUAACAAAAGAAAUAGAGACGGAUAAAAUGAAAAAAAAAGAACAUCAUGAAUUGAUUAGUUCAUUCUGAUAGAAGUUACCUAUCUUAAUUUCUAGAAGAAAGAACAAACUUUCAAAAAAAAUGUAGUAGUAGUUGAAAUGUAGUAGUACUCUUCCUCUCCCUCCUUCCCUACCCCCCUCCCUCUAUCUCUCUCUCUCCAUUUACUGACUUCUCCUCAUUUUCAAGUAGUUCAUCUUCAGAUAAAUUUAAGCUGAGGUUGAGAGAGACUUUCUUCUGUCAUCUAUCAUUAUCUUACAUUGUUCAUGAGAGAUUAUCUUUAAUUUUAAAAGAAUUUGUACACUUCAUUAAUGCUCUUCUGAUUUUUAUCCUAUGAUCAUAUGAUUUUUCUCUUAACAAUCAUCUUCAUAAUAAUUUUAACAUACACAAACUGAUAUAGUACUUGUGUGUAUUACCUUUACUACAUAGAAUAUGAACUUCAGCUAAUACAAUAAGGACCACUACAUAUUGUUCCUAAUAAAAUAACUAUCUCUUUCUCUCUAUUUGUGUUUCUAUCUCUCUGUGUAUGUGUGUGUGUGUGUCGGUGUGUGGGUGUGAGUACAUGUGUAGUUGAGAGACAAGUUCCCCUUCAUCCCUUAAUGAUUAUCAUUAUUAUUAUUAUAAUUAUCAUCAUGAUCAUUGUUUCAUCAUCAUCAUCAUCAUGAUUAUUGAAUCUGCUCAAUGAAUGAAGAAUAUUAACAAAUUGAUUCAAACAUUAUUCUUCAUUCACAGAAUUAUCUCUUUGUAGUAAUUUUAAUUGUAUCCAUUUUGGGUUUGUCAACUUUUUAUUUUCAGUUUCCUGUUUUUUUUUUGUUAGAAAAACAACAACAACAAACAAACACACAAUUCAAUUGAUUGAUUGAUUGAUUAAUUUGUUUUUGUAUUUUGUAUUUGUUUAAAUUGGUAGUUGAGAUAAAAAAUUUUUUUAUAGUUUAACGAAAAAAAAGAUUUAGACCCCACCCCCGUUGUCGAUAGUGUCCCCUUGAACUAUUGAGUUGAUUAUUGAUGGACAUAUAAUAUGCUACAAUGUUUCAUCAUUUUUAAAAAAAAAAUAAUUGCACUACUAUG